AUGAGGUUCAGCAUUCUGUCUGUUGGCCUCUUGGCCCUGUCGCCGUUGACCGCGGCCUGGAGCAAAGAAGAUCGCGAGAUCUUCCGCAUCCGUGAUGAGAUCAAGGCGCACGAGCCGAACCCCGACAUGACCUUCUACGACCUCAUGGGCAUCAAGAACAGCGCCUCCAUCGACGACAUCACAAAGGCCUACCGCAAGAUCUCCCGCUCCCUUCACCCCGACAAGGUGCGCCAGCAGCUCAUCGCCGAGCGCGCCAAGGCCAAGAAGGACAAGAAGAAGAACCCCGGCGUCAACGUCAACAAGCCCCCCACCCAGAAGGAGAUCAAGGCCGCCGUCAAGAUCGCCUCGGAGCGCCAGGCCCGUCUCGGUCUCGUCCGCAACAUCCUCAGCGGGCCCGACCGCGACCGCUACGACCACUUCCUCCGCAACGGCUUCCCCGCCUGGAAGGGCACCAACUACUACUACAACCGCUACCGCCCCGGCCUCGGCACCGUCCUGUUCGGCGUCUUCCUCGUCGCCGGCGGCGCCUUCCACUACAUCGCCCUGUACAUGUCGUGGAAGCGCCAGAGGGACUUCGUCGAGCGCUACAUCAAGUUCGCUCGCAAUGCUGCCUGGGGCGACAACCUGAACAUCCCCGGCAUCGACGACGCCCCGGCCCCCGCGCCCGCUCCGGCCGCCGAUGAGGACUCAGACGCCCCUCCCGUCCCGAGGAACCGCAAGGAGCGCCGCAUGCAAGAGCAGGCUGCCCGCAGAGGCGCCGCCAAGGAGGGCAGGUCGCGCGGCCGCAAGCCCGCCGGCAGCGGCACCGCCACUCCCCGCGAGGCCGCCGUCGUCCAGUCCUCCGGCCCUACUGGAUCCAAGAAGCGCGUCGUCGCCGAGAACGGCAAGAUUCUGGUUGUUGACUCCGUUGGCGACGUCUACCUCGAGGAAGAGAACGAGGACGGCGAGGUGGAGCAGUUCUUGCUUGAUCCCAACGAGCUCCCUCAGCCCACCAUCCGAGACACCGCGCUCGUCCGCCUCCCCAUCUGGGCCUACAACCGCACCGUCGGCCGCGCCCUCAACAAGAACACCGACGAGGUUGACUUCGAAACGGAGGAGCUCGACUCCGACGACGGCGAGGUCCAGAACACCCCCAGCUCCGACUCGGCCGCCGACGACUUUGAGCUCCUGGAAAAGUCCACUGAUUCCCUCGGCAAGGCCAAGGCCAGCGGAGCGCAGACCGGCAAGGCCAACAAGCGCAAGAACAAGAAGAGGUGA